GGAGCCUAUAAUGUGGCAGGGAAUGAUGGCGGGGGAAUGAGCCUAGUGGAACAGCCAGGAACUGCAGCCAGCCCCGUCCCCGGCAGCAUGUUCAGCUGGGUCAGCAAAGAUGCCCGCCGCAAGAAGGAGCCGGAGCUCUUCCAGACGGUGUCCGAGGGGCUGCGGCAGCUGUACGCGCAGAAGCUGCUGCCCCUGGAGGAGCACUACCGCUUCCACGAGUUCCACUCGCCCGCGCUGGAGGACGCUGACUUCGACAACAAGCCCAUGGUGCUCCUUGUGGGCCAGUACAGCACGGGCAAGACCACGUUCAUCCGGCACCUGAUCGAGCAGGACUUUCCGGGAAUGCGCAUCGGGCCCGAGCCCACCACCGACUCUUUCAUCGCAGUCAUGCACGGCCCCACCGAGGGCGUGGUGCCGGGCAACGCGCUCGUCGUCGACCCGCGGCGCCCUUUCCGCAAGCUCAACGCCUUCGGCAACGCCUUCCUCAACAGGUUCAUGUGCGCACAGCUGCCCAACCCAGUCCUGGACAGCAUCAGCAUCAUCGACACUCCCGGGAUCCUGUCCGGAGAGAAACAGCGCAUCAGCAGAGGGUACGACUUCGCAGCCGUCCUGGAGUGGUUCGCCGAGCGCGUGGACCGCAUCAUCCUGCUCUUUGACGCCCACAAGCUGGACAUCUCCGACGAGUUCUCAGAGGUCAUCAAGGCCCUCAAGAACCAUGAGGACAAGAUCCGCGUGGUGCUGAACAAGGCCGACCAGAUCGAGACUCAGCAGCUGAUGCGGGUCUACGGGGCCCUCAUGUGGUCCCUGGGGAAGAUCAUCAACACCCCCGAGGUGGUCCGGGUCUACAUCGGCUCCUUCUGGUCCCACCCGCUCCUCAUCCCUGACAACCGCAAGCUCUUCGAGGCCGAGGAGCAGGACCUCUUCAAAGACAUCCAGUCUCUGCCCCGAAACGCUGCCCUCAGGAAGCUCAAUGACUUGAUCAAGCGUGCGCGGCUGGCCAAGGUCCAUGCCUACAUCAUCAGCUCCCUCAAGAAGGAGAUGCCCAAUGUCUUCGGUAAAGAGAGCAAAAAGAAAGAGCUGGUGAACAACCUGGGAGAGAUCUACCAAAAGAUCGAGCGGGAGCACCAGAUCUCCCCCGGUGACUUCCCGAGCCUCCGCAAGAUGCAGGAGCUCCUGCAGACUCAGGACUUCAGCAAGUUCCAGGCCCUGAAGCCCAAGCUGCUGGACACGGUGGACGACAUGCUGGCCAACGACAUCGCGCGGCUGAUGGUGAUGGUGCGCCAGGAGGAGUCUCUGAUGCCCUCCCAGGCUGUGAAGGGCGGCGCCUUCGAAGGCACCAUGAACGGGCCCUUUGGGCACGGCUACGGCGAGGGGGCCGGCGAGGGCAUCGACGACGUGGAGUGGGUGGUGGGCAAGGACAAGCCCACCUACGAUGAGAUCUUCUACACGCUGUCGCCCGUCAACGGCAAGAUCACGGGCGCCAACGCCAAGAAGGAGAUGGUGAAGUCCAAGCUGCCCAACACGGUGUUGGGGAAGAUCUGGAAGCUGGCCGACGUGGACAAGGACGGGCUUCUGGAUGACGAGGAGUUCGCCCUGGCCAACCACCUCAUCAAGGUCAAGCUGGAGGGCCACGAGCUGCCUGCCGACCUGCCCCCACACCUGAUCCCGCCCUCCAAGCGGAGGCACGAGUUACUGUGACCGUGACCCGCCUGGCCAGGCAGAGGCUGGGGGGAGGGGAAGGGUCGCCAGUUCUCGAGGUCCAUAAAGACUGAGCGAUGUUUCCUCAGCUCUUGAAAAGGAAAACCACCAUCUCUCUUUUUAAGGGUGUUCCCGGGCCUGGCAGGGAGGCGGGUGAUACUCGCAUGUGAAUGAUGGAAUUUUGUGCACAAGAACUAUGGAUAUUUUUAAUAUAUAACGUUAGAGGCAGCGUUC